AUGAUCACCAUGAGGUUGCCUCGUCGUGCUUGGAAGUGGUACAUGCGAUGUUUAGAGAAUCACCCGUGGAAAACACAACUCAUUUCGACAGGUUUGAGCGAUCCUAUUCACGCAGUUGUUCUUAUCGAGUUAACCUUUACACUCUACUCUUGUUUGAUGAUCUUUCAGUAUAAAAUUAUAAAUCCAUAAUUUCCAAUUACGUUUCCAUAAAAGCUGAUUUUUCCGAAAAACAAAAAUAUGGGAAAUUCGCGCUCUGUUCUGCUGACAUUAAAUGUCGGCAGAACAUGUACUCAUAAUUAUGGGUACAUGUUAUUCGCGCUUCGAUUGAUCUCUCGAUCGGUAAAAGAGUGUUCAUUACAAUUAAUGAAUCGAUAUUUCAAAGAAUUUUUCGACCGAUGAUUCUCUAAAGGUUUCCUACGUACUUUGACCUGCACAGUUGUAAACAAAGCUGUGAAUAAUUACGGCUGUCGUAAAAUAUGCAAAUACCAUGGCGACCAUGUAUUGCUAAGCACAGUACUGCACACAGUUCACACGAGUUGAUGCUCACUCUGCUUUAGUGUUUAACGACUUCUAUCCACGCGAAAAAUGACGAAACAGACCAAUGAUCAUGAUAAACCUUCACCGCAGCGGAGUGAAUUCGUAAAAGGUCAAUUUAAUGCAGUGGAAACUUCUGCCUGCGAGUAAGCGGACGCUAUUAAUUAUCGGAUUGGAUUAUUUGCUAAAGCGUGGCCAGAAAAAAACAAUCGUUCUCAAUCAAAGGGGUGCGUCAUUGGGCCCUAACUAUAUUUGGCCGAUGUCAUGCGAAAGCAAUUUUAAUGGCAUUUCACUAAAAAAAAACAUACGUCUUCACAGAUCAUUUAACAUACUGACUUGUUAGUAAAACUGCAGAUCGAGUUCCAUAGAAAACCGUUAUGAACGUUUGGUAGUAGUCGAUAGCCGCAGGUGGCCAAUUUGUAUGAAGAAAAAAACCCACCCCGCCCCCACCUGGGAGAGGAGGGAAGGUGCACACUCACCACUUUCAAGGCACAUAAAAAGUGCCCUUACAAUUAGGUGCUGUAUUAUACAUAAUGAUGACCUUUACUUCUUUUUUGUUAGGAGCUCUCCUUGGUGCGGGCGAUUUCAUUGCACAACAAUGCGUGGAAAAAGUUCCCCUACGAGAACACGACGUCAUAAGAACAGUUCGAAUGGCAGCCGUUGGAACUGUGGUGAUUGGUCCUAUAUUCCACGUAUGGUACGCAGCACUAGACCAACGAUUCUCCCAUAGAAGCCCUGGAAAUGCCAUGCGCAAAAUGACAGUUGACCAGAGUAUACUAGCACCAGUCUUUCUCGUGCUAUUUUAUGGCGCUGUAGGAAUCGUGGAACGUCGGACUAUAAAACAGAUCAGCGACAAAAUAUACGAGGAAUUUUACCCCAACAUGGUCGUUAACUACAAGAUCUGGCCCGCCGUGCAGUUUCUGAACUUUUACUUGUUUCCAGCCCAUUUACGAGUUUUAGUCGUCAAUGUUGUGUCACUGUUUUGGAACACCUAUCUGGCAUGGACUUCUCACAAGGAACUGGAAUAUUCAGAACCUUAA